AAAUGGUCACUGAGAUUUGUCAAUCGCGCAGCUGUCUCUUAUCAUAUGUGAAUUGGAGCAAUAGUGUUUUUUUGUAAUGCUAUACGCGCAGCUGUUACUUUAACACUUUUUAGCCUUUGUAAUUAUGUUUAUUUAAGUGUUUUUAUGAGUUUUCAAUAUUGUGGGAAUUUCUGUUAGAAAUAGAACUUCAUUUUUGUGAUUGUGAACUGUUACGUGAAGUAUUUAUAUUAUGGAUACUGAAAAUCAAGUUCAACAGUACGGAGAGGUUAAUCAACUAGGUGGGGUUUUUGUGAAUGGAAGACCUCUUCCAAAUGCAGUGAGGCUGCGCAUAGUGGAAUUGUCUCAAGUUGGAAUAAGACCUUGCGACAUUUCCAGGCAGCUUAGGGUAUCCCACGGGUGCGUUUCGAAAAUUUUAGCAAGGUAUCAUGAAACUGGUUCUAUUUUACCCGGAGCGAUAGGUGGAUCGAAACCUCGGGUAACCACACCAAAGGUUGUAGCAUACAUAAAAAAAUUGAAACAAAAAGACCCUGGAAUAUUCGCGUGGGAAAUCAGAGACCGACUCCUUUCAGACGGCGUUUGCGACAAAUAUAACGUACCUUCUGUUAGUUCAAUCAGCAGGAUACUUAGAAAUAAAAUUGGAAGUUUAGUACACUCCCAACCAUAUACUCAUCCCUCAUACAGCACAAUAUACCCAACGUACACAUAUCCGCAGCAAAAGCUAUCUCCACCACCCUCCCAGAGGCAUGGUACUUCUCAUUGUUGGCCAAGUUCUCAUUCAGUUACUGAUAUUCUAGCUGGAGUUCAAGCAGCCAGUUAUAGAAGAUCUCAUGGAAACACACAAGCCCCACCUUUGCCUGAUUUAUUAGCAGGCGUUCAAGCAGCUGGAUACAGAGGCUCUCACGGCAAUCCUCCCGCUCCACCGUUACCUGAUGUUUUACAAUCUGGGGCUUCCCCAACAGGCGUCGAUCAUUUUUCCCAGAACUAUAAUUAUUACAUGUACUUUCAAUCAGGAAAUACCGCUGCUAUGCAUAUGGUGAAUGGUAUAAAUAGCGGCAUGGGACCUCUUCCUCUAACAGGAUCGCAGAUGUGAAUCUAAGAUACAGAGUUUCGCUCUAAAACGAUCUACUUUAAAAUGAAUCUGAUAGUGAGUGUAAUAAACAAAGCGAGAGAAUUUAGUGGUUUUUCUAAAUCGCAAGGACGAUAAGUGGACUACCAGUAUUACGUAUUUUAUGAACUACAGCUAAUAUCACAAGUAUUUAUGCAGCACAGAAGGAUCUAGAACACUGCAAAUAAUAUCCCCAGCAAUAGCAAGCUUUAUUUCAAAAAACAAUUCAAUAAUCAUAUUUUCUUAUUCAAUUAUUUAUAACUUAUAUAUGCGUUGGACUUUAUGUGCAAUUAUAUUUAUUUCUUUUCUAAGAACAGUGAUCUUUCUAGUGUUAAGACUUGUCUACGAGGUGAUAACAGCGAGAAAUUGUUGAGCACAACAGAAUAUAAUGAGAAAAGUAUAAUUAUCACCUAAUUAAGUUUACAUUCUAUUCAGCUGCUUAAUCAGUGAACUGUGAUUUUCAAUCGUUGAAAAUAAACGUGCAAUUAUACAUUCAUCAGGGGCUGAUCGCUAGACCAGUAAAUAUGUUGUCAUGGCAUAAAGCGAGCUAGAAAAAGAUAUAUUUUUAUUUAUUAUUUGCUAAAAAUAUAAAAUAUAUCGAAGAAAUACGAGGGUGGUCCAUCAAAUAAGGUUUCCAAGGAGCUGCGGACACUAAGAACGCUGUUAAGCAGGAUUUGGUGAAACUAGCGUCUAUUUUCAUUAUCAUUUUGGUAGCUUCCAUUUAAUUCUCACAUCAAUUAAUUCGUUUUUUGUGUGCAAAAAACAUUCCUCCGGUGGACAUUCAUUCCUAACCAAUCAUGUGAGGUAUAUGGAGAAAAGUGUAGAGUGUGCAGCAUGUGCGCAAAUUGUGCAGAGAAUUCAUAGAUGGAUGUAAAGAUUCGAAUGGAAUACUAUCCCUCACACCCCAGACUUAUCCCCCAGUGUUUACCGUUUCUUCCCCGAAUUAAACAAACUCUUGGGAGGGAUGCAUUUCACAGCUGACUCAUGCAUAAAGAAUACGGUGGACCACAUGCAAAAAUGCAUUGAUCUGAAUGGUGAUUAUGUCAAAAUCUGAACUUUCCAAACAUGUAUUAUUGUUGUUUUUCAUUGUGAAAAUUCGUUAGGAACCUUAGUGAAGGAAACACUAAAUAAAUGUUUUCGGGAAAAUCUUGCAAGAACUAGCGGGUUUUCCAGAUUUUUUUCACCGUGACCUUCUUGUAAAAGUGUAUUCUCCUUUUGUAUAUUUCUGCAUCUUCAGUUUCUUUCAUUUCGUGCUGUACUUUUUUUGUUUCGCUCUCAUCUGUAAUCUCGCAAUUCCACCAAAGUGUUUCAAACUUUCGUUAUAAACAUUUUUCAUUAUAAACCCACAGGCUUCUAAAUAACUUAUGUAUACCUCCUCAAGAAUUCGAUGGCUGUUUUGUGAUACAAAAAUGCAAAAUUCGAAAUGUCAACUUUUCUUGUACGCCCAGUGGUGACUAGAAACGCAUUAGUUCCGACUAUUUUUCAAUAAAACUCACUCGCCAAGAAAUUUCCAUCGAGGAAUCCACUGAUGCAAAGAUAAAACUAAUUAGGUAUGUUUUGUGGUUGCAAGGAUCCUGUUUACAAACCUUCGAGUAUUGGUGAUGUAAAGUUCUAGGUACGUAGGUAUAGCAACUUUUGUUUUGGUACUAUUGUCUAACAUAUUCAAUAAUGAGAUUUAUACUUUGGAGAAGAAGUGACGACUGAUUUUCGUUUGCAACUUCAGUUGUUCAAUUACUCGUUUUUGUUACCAGCUCCGCUUCUAAUUAGAACAAACUUGUGACAACACUGUUUAUGCCAAAAGUACUGUCGACUACUAGUCCAAAAAAUUUCCAAUCGUUAAGCUAUUUUAUAAAGUUCGAAGCCUCAGAUAUUUGUCAGUUGACAGGUGACAUUUGACGUGUUAUUAAUAUAUGGUCUUAUAAAAGAAAUAAAAAGUAUAGCGAUUUAUAGUUUUACUCACAGUGUAUUUUGUUGUGCAUCGCGUCAGGUUUUCGAAAUCCAUUUACCCAUUUUUGAAACAAUUCUGCGUCUGAGGGACUAAACAAAAAAGUUUAAAACUGUUGGUAACUAUUUUAUUUAUUGUUCAUUUGAAUGUUUGCUUUAAAAGCUUUAAAUUAUUAUUUAAUUAUUUGUACAAAACAAUAAGGUUAAUUAGUUUUAAGCAAAGUAGAGUGUGUUGAUUUGUAGAGGUGAUUGGAAAGUAAAAAACUGAAUAUAUGAAA